UUCUUUGACGACUUUUUCAGUUUUUGCGUGUACUGUACUGUAUAUGGUUCUUCAAUAUGAAGAAGAAAGAGAAUGCAUCGCAGAAAACAACAAAGGCUUCUCAAGUCAAGGCUGCUCGCCUUCUGUCCAAGAAAGCGAAGAAUCGUACAGGAUUGAAGAAGUCAAAAGAUGUUAAGAAACUUCCCAGUAAGAAAAAUGCGCCCAAGGUUUGCAAGCCCCUCGAAGGGAAGUCCAAAGCCCCUAAGAUGCGCCUGAAGAGAGUGAUGACGAGUGAGGAGAAAAAUGCAUGGAAGUUGAAAAAGGGAAAGAAAUAUUGGGACCUGUACAAGGAAGUGCGGAAACAAUUCCAUGAAGAUAAAGAAAAAUUGGAUCGAAUGACGGCGCUUGCUAGCAGAGCUAAAGCUCUAUGGGAAAUCGUUCGGAGAGAGGAUAUCAGUGCCGAUGAACGCCUGGUAAAAUCUAAGGAGUUAUAUCGUCUGGUAAGGGGACGGAUCAUGAAGAUCGUGCAGCUGGAUGAUUUGUCCCGCGUGUUGGAAAGCUUGAUGAAGCAUGGCGAUAUCGAAAUUCGUGCAGGAUUGUUCGAGGAACUGAAAGAUCACAUUGUGGAACUUGCGAAAUCGAAGUACGGUCACUUCUUCGUUAUGAAGGUCUUGCGAUAUGGCUCGAGAGAUCAGCGAGAUCACGUCAUUUCUAGUUUUCGUGGAGUCGUUCCUGAACUGAUGAACCAUAAAAUAGCUUGCGAAAUCGUUGCGACUGCUUACAAUGACUGGGCAAAUGCUGCGCAGCGUGGACUGCUUCAACAGGAGUUCUAUUCACCGGCGUAUAUUCAAUUCAAAGACACCUCCGUGACAUCGCUGGACAAAGCAUUGGCUGCAGAAAAUGCAGAUCGAGAGAAAAUACUGGAGUAUUUGCGAGAAAAACUUGACCCAAUUAUUUCGAAAAAUUUGGUGCAACAUAAUCUCAUUCAAACUCUUCUGUUGGAGUAUCUCACGCAUUGCGGAGCAGCCAGCAAAGAUGACAUGAUAAGUAUCAUGAAAGAGCAUUUGGUGCAUAUGCUGCACACGAAAGAAGGCACCAGGGUAGCGAUGCUUUGUAUUUGGAACACAUCAGCGAAGGAUCGAAAAGUGAUUAUGAAGAGCUUCAAGACACACGUUGGUCGGAUUGCGAAAGAGGAACACGGACAUAUGGCUCUGAUAGCUCUGUUCGAUGCUGUUGAUGACACAAAAUCUGUUGACAAGGCGAUUCUGAGAGAAUUGGUGACGAAUAUUCACGAUGUUGCACUGGAUGAACAUGGACGGAAAGUGAUACAAUAUCUCGUUGCCCCUCGGAGCACGAAGUUUUUCCAUCCUGAUAUCACGAAGAUCCUGCAAGAAGGCGAUGCAAAUUCCUUCAGUAAAAAGGAUCUAGCAGUAAAGCACUUGGAAUUGAAAAAGGCUGUUGAAUCGGAUCUUCUAGCCGAAGUAUGCAAAAAUGGGAAACGUUUUUGCGCCGAGAACUCCGCAACCAUCACUGCACGUGCUGUCCUUUCGGGUUGUAGUUCAGUGCCAGGUCAAGAAGAUUUAUUGGAUACUCUCUAUACGGACCUCACUGAGCUUAUCCGUUUGCCGUUUGAGCCGAUGCAACUCCCGAAGGUCGAGAAAAAGAAACCGAAAAAACGAAAGUCGGCAGCGGUUGCAGACAUGGACUCGGUCCUUCCUGAAUUCAUGAAAGAUAAAAAAGUUGAAGAAGAUGAUUUGGAAGCAAAGAUGCACAUAAUUGAGCGACCUGCGACUCACUUGCUUCUAAAACAAUUACUUGCGGAUGAUUCCAAUCGAGUGAACCUUGUGAUAAGUCGCCGUGGAUUAUUCAAGAUCAACUUCGGUUUUGAAUUAUCUCUGUUCGGCAAGAUGAAAGUCAAAGAAGUGGAUAGAAUGGCCAACAUAGCAUGGUCGCCAGAAAAUCAUCACCCCAUACGCAUUGCGUGUGGAUCCGCUGCUCAACAAGUUGUUGAUUCGACGUUCAACUCUUCCUCUUCUCUGGAAAUUUAUGACCUCAAUCUCGGGGAAGCCGGGCAGGACAUGUCCUUGAAGCUCUCGCUUCCGUGUGAUUCGCGGUUCGAGAAAUUGAUCUGGGGCAAAUUUGGGAUGAAGGAAGAACAUUCUAGUGGGAUUUUGGUUGGCGGAACUUCAGAUGGUCGUGUUCAAAUUUAUGAUGUCGAAAGAUGUUUGGGGAGUCCCAAAAAUAUACCCAAAGGAGCUGUCAAGGAACAUACUCAACAUUCUGGUCCCGUGUUCGCCUUGGACUUCAACAAUUGUCAGUCGCAUCUCCUUGCGUCGGGUUCAGUCCAGUCGGAAGUUUUCAUUUGGGACCUAAAUUCCCCGAAUCAAGUGCCUAUGACUCCUGGAGUUAAGGCGCAGCCCUUGGAAUCCGUGACUGCUUUAAAAUGGAAUCCGAAAGUGCAACACAUCUUAGCGUCUGCCUUUUCUCCAAGAGCUGUUGUAUGGGACUUGAGAAAAAGUGAGCCAAUCAUCAAGGUGUCAGAUGCUGCGUCGAGACUGAAAUUAAAAUCAAUCGCCUGGCAUCCUGAGGUGUCCACUCAGUUGUGCAUCGCCUCUGAAGACGACAUGCAUCCCGUAAUUCAGUUAUGGGACUUGAGAUUUGCUUCUUCACCGCUGAACACCAUGGACGCACAUCAGCGGGGCGUUCUUUCCUUGUCUUGGUGCAAGCAAGAUCCAGACCUGAUGCUCAGUUGUGGAAGGGACAAUAGAAUAAUUUGCUGGAACCCGAAUACCAGUGUUCAAGGAGGAGAAAUCGUGUGUGAGCUGAAAGGGUGUCAAGAAUGGUGCUUCGAUGUUGCGUGGUGUCCCAGGAAUCCCGCAGUGGUGGCGGCGUCAUCUUUCAGUGGUCACGUCUCCGUCUUUUCGUUGCUCGGAUCGCAGACUCAGGUCGAGACUCCGUCGCAAAUUGCAGAUUCGUUCCCAGACAUGGAGCCUAUGGGAACAUUGACGCCAGUUUCUCCUUCAAGUGCCUCUUUGGACCUGAAAACCCCUCCGCGUUGGCUACGAAGACCAAACGGUGUCAGCUGGGGCUUUGGUGGAAAGCUUGUGUCCUGGAAAAUUCCCGAAUCGACGAACCGACGGAGCGUUAGUUCUUCUUCACCUACCGAAGAGGAACCCAAGAGACACAUAAUUACUGUGACGCAAAUUGUUACCGAGCCAGACUUGGUCGCUAAGGCCAAAAUUAUUUUGGACGCUUUCAAAACUGGUCCAUCAGGAUCCGCUGCUGUGUGCCGUGAAAAGCUGAGUAAUUUGUCAUCUGACCAAUUCAAAAGCUUGGAAGCUUUUUCUUCUGGUGGAAAUGAAGUUACAAAGGGUGUUGUUUGGCACCUAGCAGAGGCUCAUCUUUCUCCUUCUGCAAGAAAUGUGUUUAUGAGCUUGCUGGGGGUUGGAUCUCAAGAAAUGGCCUCCCAGUUGGCAACGGUGGUUGGAAAGUCUAAGCGCAGCGAUGGCGGCGGAGAAAAACUUCUCAAUGGCUCAAUGGAUUCCAGUGAUGCGUUCGAUCAGUUGACGUUGAACGCCGAAAAACCGAAGUCGUAUUCUCUGACUGAAGGAGGUUCUAAAGAUUUGUGUCUUGCCUUGGCUGGUGGUCAUUUGGAUGCCGCAAUUCAAAUUUCUUUGAAUGAGAAACGUUACGGAGAGGCUCUUGUGAUCGCCCAAGUGCUCGGCGGUCCAAUUGUGCGGGAAACGCAAGAAAAAUUCCUCAAAACUGUGUCUGGAGGGGUUGGAAAGCUACUCUCCGCAUUAAUCGCCGAUGAUUGGACAUCAGUCGUGGAAGAAGCUGACGUGAAUUCUUGGCGUCACGUCCUUUGUGCAGUGCUUACUUACGCAAAGCAACAGUCAGAUGUUGCUGGUCUUUGUUCAAAGCUGGGUUCUAGACUGGAAAAGCAAGGGAAAACAGCGGACGCGCUCGUUUGUCACAUGAUCGCGAAAGAUCUUGAAGGAGUAUCAAGAACGCUGGAUUCUGUUGGUAGAAAGGCUUUGGGGAUAGAAGACGUUCCGAGUCAUUUGCAAGCCAUGGAUUACCUGGAACUUCUUCUUACACUGAAACAAACAGGAGAUUCGACAUCGUUUGCUGCAUCAAAUUCAGUGCUUGUGAAAAUUCUAAAAGCUUGCGUAGAGCAUUUGUCGUCGCAGGGCGAGCUGGAACUUGCGUUCAACAUUAUUUCUCAUUUUCCUGACAUAAUAGACCCGAAUUUGGAGGAGUUGAGGCAGAGAUUGGCUAGCUUCAGUUCUUCGGCUCAAGUUUCCAUGCAUAAUGUUGUGCAGAGAAGAUAUUCACAGCCUCAGAACAAACCAUUCUCUCGAGGCUCAUUUUCACAGCCGUCACCGAGUAUUGCUCCACCACCGACGCAGUUCAUGACUCAGACUCAGCAAGGAAUCUUGAACCCUGCACCUGUUCCCAUGCAGUCAUCACUGCCUCCAUCUGGCAUGCAACCAAGUUAUAAGCCACAAGGAUAUGACCCACAGGGGUUCGGAUCAGGCAUGGGGUCGGUACAGAAUGCGACGAAUCCAGCCAGCAUGCCUCCACCUCCAACAACCCCGCUCUCAAAACCUGCCAAUCGAGGAGGUCCAUUGCAAGCCAGGUACUUGGCUGAUCCAAAUUUAUACAACGCCGGUUAUGGAGUUACGCCUGUUCCCGCUCCGACAAGUUCUGUGGGCUACUCGUCUUAUCAACAGCAGCCAUCUGGAAACUUCUUCAUGCCACCUGGUCCCACACCCACGCCUCCACCGAAUACUUUCAUGCCGGUUAACCCUGCGCCUCCGAUGACCCCUGGAAUGCCUGGUUCAGGUAUGCAUCCCCCGCCGAUGACUGGACCGCCACCCACUGCACCGCCCCCAGGGUGGAACGACCCGCCGUCUAUGUCAAAGCGGUUACACGGUUCCAAAUAUAAGACUGCUGCGAAGGAUGCACCUGCGCCGAUCACCCAGCCCGUUCUGGCACCAUUGGGUGUGGACCCAUAUUCACAACCGACAGGAAUGCCACCUUCAAGUGGUGGUUUCGGAAUGCCGAUGCAGGGCAUGCCAAUGCAACCGCCGCCGCCGGUUAUGAUGCAACCACAUCAUAUCCCUCGAGCUGGCCCGCCGAUGCCGUCACCUGCGCCACAGCCCAUGCCUCAGAGGCAACAUCCUGGAAUGAUGCCGAUGCAACCGAGCAUCCAACCCAUGGGUGGUCCACCAAUGACCCCUCAGCAACACUCGUUUGUCCCUCAGGGAGUCGGGUCGAGUUUUCAAACCCCUGGUUCCGCAUUUGCUCCUCCCGCCAUUGACACAUCGCAACAUCUGUUGGCCGUUUCUCAACCAUCUCCAGCUAUGUCAGUGCCAGCGCCUGAAGCUCCUGUCAUGGAAACUAAACCGAGUUUGAUGCCCGAGCACCAGGCGAUUUAUGGAGUUUUAAUCACUCUGAUGGAGAAAUGCUCAUCAGCUGCGUCUCAUCCGCAAAUGAGGAAGAAGUUGGAGGAUGUGUCGAAGAAGAUCGAGGUUCUGCAAGGGAAAUUAGCGAGUAAUGCGUUGAGUGCUUCGACAGUCUCUUCGUUGAAAGCUCUGGUGGAUGCCGUGAGUAGCGGGGAAUAUCCGAAGGCGAUGUCGUACCACACGGAGAUCGUCACCACUGGUGCCUUUUCUGAGAUUUCAGCGUUUAUGCCUGGAAUUAAGAUCUUGAUUCAGAUGGAUCCGCUCUUGCUUCAGUUGCGGUUUCUUAUCAAAGAAGACGCAGCGAGUGUGUCAGUUGAUACGUGGUCCGAAUGUUUAUCAAAGACGAGUUCGCGGCUGUUGGCGAAGGACGCCAACGAAGAUGAUGUGAAUUUCCUUUGCCAAGCCUUGCAUCACUUGCUCACGCCAUGUUCAAGUGAUCGACUGAUGUGUGGGGAAGUUUCGCAACUCUGUCAAGUUUCUGCGAUUAUUCCUCGAAUCUGCGAACUGGUUCCACUUGGUUCAUUUCCUGCUGCCGAAUGCCUCAGUCUAUUGAUCGAAGUAUUUCCUGGACCUUGCGGCGUGCAAGCAAGCAAUAUCAGACGAAGCAUUCUCAAAGCAGUCGAUUGCGAAGGUGUCGAUGAAAACUUCCUUUUUGCCUUGUCUGAUUGCUGGUCCUUCUUGCCAUUUGCUGGAGGAAGUGGAGUGAAAGGAGCGAAUCACAAAGAAAACUGGCGACGACAGGCUCUCUGCACUGCAGGGUCUCUGCAUGAGACUUUGGAUUGCUUGUUCGAACACAUUCAAGGAGCUGUACCAGGGCCGGUUUUGGAGACGAAGAGCAGGCUGGAACUUCCUAAACUUAAAAUCGCCAACCAUAAUAAUCGCAUCAUUGCGCUUGGACGAAGAUUCGCCAUGCUUGCCGAAUGCAUUAUUUCUAUGCUCUCAAUCGAUUCGCCAUUUGAAGUCGAAAUGCCGAUUCAACUUGUUCUCCUGGUUAUUGAGCGAGCGUUUUCGAUUCACGGUGACGAGGUUACGUCAGAAAAUCUCAACCAAGUUCGUGGCAAACGGCAACGUAAGAUCAGGAAGUCCAUAUUUGCAGAUGUGUUAGGUGGUCAUCUUCCGAAGAUUUAUUAUUCUGCUCUCAGGAUCUUGCGCGCCGUCAUUUUAUGUUGUGGAGGACUUCCAUUGCUUGAGUAUUCGCGGGGCAUUGGGCAAAUUCUGGCCAAAAGCAUGGAAUGGACUAGUUUUGGUGCGAGGCGACUUGAAGAGGAAUCCGCUUGGAAAGCUAGUGUUGAGGAAUUAACCCGUACCAGGCUGGAAGCCUAUACAUGUCUUACUGCUUGGAUUCAAGCCGCGAAAAGUGCGAGCUUCACGAGUAAAUCCGUUGGUGAGGAUGCCCCGUUUGUACGAGUCUAUCAGUCAAUUUGGAAAGAUUUCUCGAAGCCGAACGGAUACACGUGCCAUCCCGUGGCUCCUUCACCUGGGAUUGCGAGUGAAGCGGAGGUGGAGUUAUGGGGACUUUCAAGGAAGGAGAAGAAGUUGAGAAAGCGGAAAAUGAAUUCGGAAGAAUUCCAGUCGAAUAAAAAGAAACUGAAAGCACGAGUCGACGAAUUUGUUUCGUUUCGGACACUGGAACAAUCGGAUGCCAUUGCUUCUGAUGCAUUCAUUUCGGCUACCGGAGCGAUUCAGCAGAUUCUGAAAUUUUGUAGCCCCCAUCUGUCCGGGAAUCUGUAUUCGGAGCUUGUAGACGACGUUAUUCUCCUCGAAUCGUAUCCAAGUUGUGCAGAUCCACAGGGCAAGAGUGUCGUUGGCUUAAUGGAAAGAAAUUCCAAUUGUUACGUCGCAGUUUGCGAAAUCUUGCUGAAUUUGGCUACAUUGACCCCGAAUUUAACUCAGAGGCGUCCUUCGUCUUCUCAAGUGAUAAGUUUGUUGAGCAAACGCAUAUCUUGUCCCGAUACGGUCGUGAGCAGUUUCUGCGCUUUCGCGCUGAAAAUUUGCUCAACUGCGAUGAUGCGUCCACCUGGGCUAUCCUUAGAAUGGAAGAAAUCACCUUUAGUCACAUCGAAUACAACUGCCACUAAUUCAGAAGUUUGUGUUACGGAACCCGAGAUACGAGCAAGUCCGCAUCGGGAUUUUGAUGACGAAGAUGAAGUGGUUACUGAAUUGGUCGAGAAACCUCGGAAGCGAAAAAGGAAUUUUACGCCAACUGUUAUAACGUUGGACGACGAAAGCGUUGCUGAAGAAGAACCGGAAUCUAUUGUUGAAGAGCCGAAGAAAGCAAUCAAGUUUAGGAAAUCGCAGGAAUCACCUGUUCCAGUGAAACCCGCUGAAGUUAGAGUUGAACUUAAGACAAAGUUAGCUUUGCAAGUUCCUGAAUCGUCUCGAGCCGUUCUGAAAACCGCGGAUCCAACUGGGGAUUCGGGAGAGGAUGACAUCGAUAUAGAUGAGGACGAUUCUCCAGCAUCGUUUGUCCGUUCACGUCAGCAUUUGACUCGCUCGCAACAGUUCAAAAUUGGUUCUUUGAAUCAAUUGUCCACCAAAUUCGAAUCUCUGGAUUACGACGAUGUCGAGAACGCCGUUUUAUUGGACGAAGAACGCACUCACGAUUACACCAGCAUCAUCAAACUGAAUCUUGCACGAUGGCUCGUUGCCUUCGUUAUUGGCUUCUUAACGGCUAUCGUCGCGUGUUGCAUUGAUAUUGUGAUCGAAGAAGUUUCGAAGGUGAAAUAUGGAAUCUUGGAGAAAUAUAUGGAAAAAUGCAUCGACGAGGACUGCUUGAUUUAUCCGUUGCUGAUGUGGGUGGCGUUCAACGUUUUGCUCGUACUUGUGGCCAGUCUUUUGGCAGUGUGGGAGCCGGUGUCUGCUGGCAGCGGAAUUCCUCAAGUCAAAUGCUAUCUGAACGGAGUCAAAAUCCCGCGAGUGGUUCGUCUGAAAACAUUAUUUGCGAAAACAGUCGGAGUAACUUGUUCUGUCGCCGGGGGUCUGGCUGUAGGAAAGGAAGGGCCGAUGAUACAUUCCGGCGCAGUGAUAGCCGCUGGGAUCUCACAAGGCAAGUCGACGUCGUUGAAGAGGGAUUUCCAGAUCCUCAAAUGCUUUCGACAAGACCGAGAAAAGAGGGAUUUUGUGUCCGGUGGUGCUGCUGCAGGAGUGGCGGCUGCUUUCGGUGCUCCUUUGGGGGGAGUGCUUUUUAGCCUCGAAGAAGCAGCCAGUUUCUGGAACCAGUCCCUGACUUGGCGCAUUUUCUUUGGCUCCAUAGUGUCGACGUUUACAUUGAAUUCGAUUCUCUCUGCAUACCACGGGAAACCAGGCCACUUGGACUACUCCGGCCUGUUGAAUUUUGGCAAGUUCUCGAUUGUUCCUUACACUUUCCUGGAGACUCCGAUUUAUGUUGUUAUGGGUAUAUUCGGAGGACUUUUAGGAGCGCUCUACAAUCACUUGAACUACAAACUUGCAGUGUUCCGAAUGAGGCACGUUUAUAAGCCGUAUUUGCAAGUUUGCGAGGCCAUAGUUGUGGCAAUGACGACGACUGCGGUUGCAUUUGGAAUGAUCAUGAGCCUGAAUUUUUGUCAGCCUUUGGAAGGAGCACGGGCUAAGUUUCCAAUAAAAAUGUUCUGUGGAGAAGAGGAGUAUAACGUGGUGGCGACGUUAUGGUUCCAAACACCUGAGGCGUCCGUAAGGUCUUUCUUCCAUGAUCCUCCGCAUACACAUGCUGUUGUAGCACUGGCAGUGUUUGCAUCAUUUUAUUUCUGCCUGGCAUGCUGGACGUACGGUGUAACUGUUCCCAGUGGAUUGUUCAUUCCUACGUUGCUGACCGGUGCUGCGUGGGGCCGAUUGGUCGGUUCUGGGAUUGAGGCAGUAUUUCCGGAUUCCGAAUGGGCAGAUCCUGGGAAAUUCGCGUUGAUCGGAGCUGCAGCCAUGUUGGGAGGUGUUGUGAGGAUGACCAUCUCACUCGCUGUGAUCAUGAUAGAGGCUACUGGGAAUAUUACUUUCGGUUUGCCUCUGAUUGUAACCUUGAUGGUGUCCAAAUGGGUCGGGGAUUUGUUCAAUGAGGGCAUUUACGACAUCCACAUCAGAUUGGCAGGAGUGCCGUUGUUACCCUGGCAACCGCCGCCAUUAUCAAGAAGUACUUUUGCCACCGAAGUGAUGAGUCAUCCAGUGGUAUGCUUCAGAACUGUGGAAAGCGUGAAACGUUUGUAUGAGACCCUGAAGGAGGAAACCCACAAUGGAUUUCCGAUCGUUGAGCCAAGGAGAAGAGAUAGUGGGAUAGGGGAAAUGAUGGUCCAGGAAGGAAAGUUGCGUGGGUUGGUUCUCAGAUCGCAAAUAAUUACUUUGCUGACACUGAAGGCCUUUAACGAAACGGCUUUGCAUUGGAAGCAGACUGUGACUGUUCGAGAUUUUCAGAAUGAUUAUCCGCGUUACACGUCUAUUGAUGAAGUGAAGCUGGAUGACCAGGAGUUGGAUUAUACAAUUGAUUUGAGGCCAUACAUGAACCCUAGUCCGUAUUCCGUUUUACACUCGACGUCUCUGCCAAGACUUUUCCGGCUCUUCCGAGGCCUUGGGCUGAGGCAUCUUAUGGUCGUCAGUGACAGCAACGAGGUUGUGGGGAUCAUCACAAGAAAGGAUAUCGCAAGAUUCAGAACUUGGCAUCACGGGAUGAAGAUGGGGAAAGAAGAGUUGAUCAUCUCAGAUAGACUUUGAUAUAUUUCAAUUUUCCACGAUUCAAGAAUUCGUUGGAACCACACUUCCAAAGUCCAGCAAUUUUUCCAUUCCAUGCGAUCUGGCACUCAGUAUUGACGGACGCAAUUUAUAUCUGAUUGAUGCCUUGUUGUUGCUGAACAAUUCUAUGUUGGAAGAAUCCGUGUGGUGUAUUUUUUUGGCGUGAUUGAAGCAAUAAGAAGGGGAUUUUGUAUAUUUUA